AAAAAGAAUAUGGAAACGAGUACACAUGACUGGCACAUUGUGCUGCACACCAGAAAUUGACGCGUCGUAACUGACUACACUUCAAUUAAAAAAAGAAACAGAGAAAGAAAGCGCCUGGAGACAGUGACCAGCCAGUGGCAGGAGCACACAUAGCACUCAGAUUGUGGUCUCUACCUAUCAUUUUCCAUGGUCAGGAAUCAAAACUCCCCCUUGGAUGAAUGGCACAGACUGAGUUUGGCACAGAAAAUGAACAAGGUGAGCCUGGAGUAUCUCGUUUUACCUGAAAGCAAGGAAGCUUUCCAGACUUCCAGGGUGCGUCAGAAGCUGUAGGAGGUGACUGCAGGGUCUUGCGUUGGAGAAAGAUAGGAUAACUUGGAACAUCAGAACAUGUAUAAGUAUAUAAAAAUGACUUAAUUUUUAAAUGUUCAGACCCAUGAGAUCAUGGUAUACUAAAACCGCUUCCCUGGUCACUAUCGGAGAAUGCUAGGGAACGGGCAUAUUACCCUGAAAAUGGGUAACCAGAGGGAAGGAAGCAAGCCUUAAGAACGCCCGUCAUUUGGGACUAGCAGAUACUACUGUGUACAGAACGGUACACUUGCAACUGAGCGUCUCAUCUGUUCUCCGACAGCGGGCGAGCACAGGGGACAGAGUCCACCGGGUCAGCGCCGACUCCCUGCCCGGGCAGGAGAGGAGCCCCUUGGUGCAGAUGUGAGCAGGUCUAGGGGACAGGGUGGGUGUUCUGGGGUAUUUAUUUGGUCUGGGGAGGGCAGUCCCUCCCGGGUAAGAGCAGGGCGCCCACUCUGCCUCCGCAUCCUUCUCUGCCAGGUUUGCUCAGAGAGCCCGGCUGGUGAGAACCACCUCACAGCUGAGAGAUGGGCGUGACUGGGGCUCUGUCUUCUUUGUCUGGGCCCCUGCAGGGCCUCUGCUGUGGGUUUUGUUGAGUUCAGCUGUUGGGGACGUGGCAGUACUGCCUGGUCGCAGUUUGACACCAUAGGUGAGCAGCUGCGGCUCCUCCCAACCCUGCGUUUCAGGCCUGGUGGACUCUGAGCAGAGCCGGCAACGGCGGGCCUAGCAUCAGGCCUCGUCCCAGAGGAUGUGCGUCCAUCAGUGCGUGGGCAGCAGUGACUCUCCAGCUUGGCCAGGAAGGGACUUGUCCACAGAGGGGAGGGUCAUAUCUUUUCCUUUAGUUCGGCUUUUUUUUUUUAAUGAAAGUAGUAUAAAGUGUUUUCUUUUCUGUCUUGAAUGGCGGCAGACCUUCAGAGAUGCACACAGUGGUUGAUGGGGAGAAGCCCCAUCUCCCGUUGUGCAGCUCUGGGAAAGAAGCCUUGAGACUCAGGAGCCCUGUGCCCCCCUCAUUUCCCAGGGAGAUCUCGCGGCCCUGGUUGCCUUCCCUGCAAGCUGGAGCUCACAGCUCCACUGGCCGCAGGGGUGUGGCGUUACCUCUGCCCUCACCAGACACGCUCUGCUUUCUGCAGGCCCUUAUCCCGUGUCUCCGCGGCCAGAAGGUAUAGCUGUGAAGUCAGGGAGUCACUUUCAAAGUCUGCCUGUUGCAGAGACGUUCACUGAGAGAAGUUGGCUUUUUCGGUGUUUGUGUGUGUGUACGUGUGUGUGUGCACGCGUGCAUGUAUAUGUGUAUUAUGUGCAUGUGCGUGCGUGUGCACGUGGACCGCGGCCUGGACCUCCCCAGCAAGCCUCUUCUGCUGUUCAGUGACUGUCCAUAGGGCGGUGCUGUGGGCCGGCGGCUCCGUUCUCUACAGGCAGAGAUGAGUUCAGACACGGAGCCCAGCCGUGAGCUCUCAUCCCAGCAGCCACGUGGGGGUGUCUGGGGGAGAAAUGGAAAAUGGCCAAGGUCCCCAAGGAGAGGCAGGGGCCAAGGUGCAGAGUGAGUCCUGUGUCCAGAAAGUGCCGUGUGCACAGUGAGCCCAGGUAUGAGUCUCUCCUUUAGACUCUUGGUGCUUAGACUUCACGUUGGCUGGUACUGGUCGUUGGGGAUGCGGCAGGACCGGCCCUCAGCCCUGAAGGACCAUGCACAGGGUGGAAGUGAACUGCUGAAGUGCUACGGGCCUGUAGGGAGCCUGUGAGGGCCCCGGGGAGAUGCCUGGCCUGGGUGAGGAUGCAGUUCCCAAGCUCCUAGCUCAGAGGCCAGCUUUGGGGAGGGCACCAGGGGGUGUCCCUUUGGCCAUCUGCACACCCGCAGUGGGGUCAGGCUGCCGGGAAGGUGGAGGACGGAGUGGGAGGGUGAGCCUGGAGCUCACGUGGUUCCUCCCGAGAUCAGGGUGCAGCGAUGAUGCCGGGUGGGGCUGGCGGUCAGUCAAGGCAGAGCCCAUUAGGAGGGGCUCAGCGACAGGUCUGUGGACGUGUGGGGCCUCUGUCUCAAGAAUGGAGUCCCAGGGGGCCGGGAGGGCAACUCUGGUGGUGACUCCACGUGACUCAUCUCCCGGCCUGGCGCCCCCUGCCGCGCCCACGCCUCCCUCUCCCUCGACCCUCAGCUGCAUCACCACAGCUCUGUUCCCAGCAUCAGGGGCGCUACCUAGCUCUGCCCUCGUCCCGUGGGCCGUGCCGGGUCCUCGAUCUUCCUCCCUCCGGGAGGCCUCCCGCAGCCUUGUGGCUUUACCUGACUGCCCCAUGUCCUGGGGCUGCUGUGACUAAGUCCUAAAAGCAGCGGCUGGAUGGAAACCACACAAAUGUGUCUCUCACCGCUCUGGUGGCCAGACCUGAAGUCAGGGUGCCGCAGGGCCACACUGCCUCUGAAGGCUCCAGCGAAGGGUCCUUCCUGCCGCUUCCGGCUUCUGGGGCUCCGGCUGUCCCUGGCGUGUGGCACCCCUCCCGUCUCUGCCUCUGGUUCACACAGAAUCACACGGCCGUCCCCUCUCGGUGCCCACUGAGAGCUGCUUCUCCCACCCCCACCCCGGUUUUAAGGGCAUCCCUCUCGAGAGCCUUAACGUGGUUGUGUCUGUGGAGACCCUGUUUCUCAGUAAGGUCCUGUUUGCGAGGACGGGGAUGCCUUGGAGGGCACAGUUGGACCUCUGCACAUGCCAGCCACGCACUGAUGAUUACUGGUCUGCAGAAACUGCUCCUCACGGUCUGCUCUGCUUCGGGACAUGCGGCUCUGCUCUGCCAGUUGCUCAGACACCACUUGCUUUUGACUCAAGAUGAUUUGAUGUUUUGUAAUAAAGCUCAUUAACCAUGAUGGCUACACAGACGUUAAGUAUAGACAGCUAUCAAGACGGCCAACAAAUGCAAGUAGUAACAGAGUUAAAAACCGAGCAAGACCCCAAUUGCUCUGAACCAGAUGUGGAAGGAGUGAGCCCUCCCCCCGUGGGGUCCCAGACACCGAUGGACGCAGACAAGCAGGCCAUUUACAGGCAUCCACUAUUUCCAUUAUUAGCUUUGUUGUUUGAAAAAUGUGAGCAGUCUACACAGGGCUCGGAAGGCAGCACAUCUGCCAGCUUUGACGUGGACAUUGAGAAUUUUGUAAGGAAGCAAGAGAAGGAAGGAAAACCCUUCUUUUGUGAAGAUCCAGAAACUGACAAUUUAAUGGUGAAAGCAAUCCAGGUUUUGCGUAUUCAUCUCCUUGAGCUGGAGAAGGUUAAUGAACUCUGCAAAGAUUUCUGCAGUCGAUAUAUUGCUUGUCUAAAAACGAAAAUGAACAGUGAAACCCUCCUGAGCGGAGAACCCGGAAGCCCGUACUCCCCCGUCCAGUCCCAGAUUCAAAGUGCCAUCACGGGCACUCUCAGCCCCCAAGGAAUCGUGGUGCCGGCGUCCGCGCUGCAACAGGGGAACGUAACCAUGGCAACAGUGGCAGGUGGCACAGUCUACCAGCCUGUCACAGUCGUCACUCCCCAAGGCCAGGUGGUGACCCAGGCGUUAUCGCCUGGCACGAUCAGGAUCCAGAACUCCCAGCUUCAGUUACAGUUAAACCAAGAUCUAAGCAUCUUGCAUCAAGAUGAUGGCUCAUCUAAGAACAAAAGGGGAGUCCUGCCGAAGCACGCCACAAACGUGAUGCGGUCUUGGCUGUUCCAGCACAUCGGGCAUCCCUACCCGACAGAAGAUGAGAAAAAACAGAUUGCUGCUCAGACAAAUUUGACACUACUCCAAGUUAACAACUGGUAAGAUGCACCCUCUUUCUGAAACCGUGCCGUCAACAGAACACCUGGAAAUGCUGGCACUAAUCAGUAGUGGAGUUUGCUUGAAAACAUCCCAGCUAGCGUUCCUCUGUUGUCAGAGUGCCAGGAUCGGUGGCCGGAUACUUAAGCACAAACCAGCACACACUUUCACCUUCAGUUUUCAGCAGCCAGCACCCGCUGUGGACUUCUUGCCUUCACCCUUUGGCUCCAUCAGAAAUGUGUUUCUCCAGUGCGUGACCGGCCCUACUCCUGCAGUCACUCAAAGACACGAUGUUUCCUCUGGGCAGUGGACGGCCGAGGUGCCGUCUGCUGACCUCUGGUGGCCCCUCUGCACCUGGCCCCCCUUUAGAACCCUCGUGUCACCUGUUCAGCAGUGGUUGGGGGAGAGAGUCCCUCAGCUGACCAGCCGUGUGGUGGUCCUGUCCCACGGCACGACUUGGGGCCCCGUUCUGGUUCUGGUGUCACAUGUCACUGUGGACGCUUGGACCUGACCACGUGUCUUCCCUUAAGUAAGAGGUGUUCACAUGGUGCUAAGGUCUGGGGUGCACCUACAUUUCGCUUGUUAGUCAUCUGUCUCAUUUUUUAUUUACUUAUUCAGACGUAGGAGACGAUUUCAGCAUAAAAUUGACAUGCAUGAAAGAGAAGAAACCACAAAUUCUACCACUUAUGCACUUUGUUAUCUUGUCAUUUUAACUGUUAAAUUUAACCUUGCAGGUCAAGUAGGUUCCGAUAGAAAUUAAAAAAAUCUUCCAAUAGGCAGUUACAUAUGCGGAAGGCAGGCUUUGGUGUUGGGUGAAAUAUUUCUAUUAUCUUGCCUUUGGACCAUUUUUUUAUUUCGGUAGCAAUAACAGACCAUACUAUUUGAAUUAUUUCCUGUUGGAUCUUUUAAAUAGAGCGUUAACAAGAAUUCAGAGAUGUCAAGCACUUUGUAACCAUGAGUUUUGUAAUGUCACAGCAUGGUUCUGUUCUUUUCAUGUAGUCUCAGGUAGAAACUGUUUUGAUUCAGUCGUAAUAGUGACUGAUAGAGAAGCUGGGGUGAGAGACACAGGGUUCCCUCUUUGGAGACUCUGUUUUGUCCCUGUCCAGCCUUCUGACCUCCUUCAUCUGUGGGCGUCCGUGCUGUCCCUGACUUGCUCGCCUGCUGUGUUAACAGAAUCAUAUUAUCUAGAAGGUUUGACUUCAACUUUUAAUUUUAAAAUUAAUGACAGUUUAAUACACAACUUUUAUAAAUUCUAAAAUUUCUGAAGUCUUAGUAGCUGCAUUUACCUUUUGUGAGUUGUUUACAAAAACUACAUCUUGGACUCAGACUGGCCACACCCACCGUCCGCUUGCGCCGCUGCCUCCAGCCGCGCUCACAGAGGGUGAGGGGCAGGCGGAAAGCAGCGGCGGCUCCGCGGCACCCGGGUGCCGGGGCGGGGGCGCUGGCGUGGCUCCCCCAGCCUUGCGCAGGCUGCGCUGCGGCGAACGGAGACGGACUCUAAGUGAAGCUCUGCGGCACGAGCCUGUUCAUUCGUACUAUGAGAACAUGUCCUAGUGCAGCCCGAGAUGGUUUUGAAUCCUAGGACUUCACAGUUAAGCAGCCUCGGAGCUGGACAUGUGUCCACACUCAGUGCCCGGCUGGGUGCGACUCUCGGGUAGAGACGCAGCCCGCAGAGCCUCGGGCGUCAUGAGGCUGCAGGCUCUGUGGUUUUGCAGUAGUUUACCUUUUCUCUUCCUUCGAGAAAAUCAUGCCAAAUCCACAACUUUGACGGUAUCGUCAGUGUCAUUAUGAGUAUCAAGGCCACGGACGUGGGCUCCAUCAGUUAAGGUGGAAAAGGGCACGGGGUAGAGCUGG